AUAUAUAUGUUAUUCUAUUUAUUUUUAUUCUAUUAUCACUAUUUUACCUUGUGUAAACAUACAGCGAAUUGUAUAAUUUAUUUAUUUGUCUUCAUUAAUUAUUCUUUUAUCGUGGUGAUUACUGACAUUAUAUAUACUAUAACGAUCGUUGGUCGUAGUAGUUCAUAUUUUAAAUUAUUGGAAUAGAACCGCAAUUACAAAUUUCUUUUUCCUGUGUUUUAUCUUUCUAUUUGUUAGUUGUAAUUUGAUAGAAUUUUUGGAUAUUAGGCACUUAAUUUACCAUUGAAGUUUCGAUAAACGGCUAUAGUAAUCACUAUAGAUACUGUCAAUUCAAAUUGUUGAGGUUAAGAACAAAGGUUAUUUACUUCAUCUCAAAGACUGAUUCCUAGUUACAUUUUGUCCUAACAUUAUUGUCUUUAAAAUGUUUAAGGGAUUGGUAGGUUUAGUGACUGGUGGUGCAUCUGGUCUCGGACGAGCAACUGCUGAGCAGUUAGUGAAACAAGGUGGGCGCGUAGUUAUAUGUGACCUGCCCUCCAGUAGUGGUCAGGAAGCCGCCAAACAACUUGGUGAAAAUUCCACAUUUGUGCCUAUUGACGUAACAUCAGAGAAGGAUGUGAAAAAUGCAUUACAAAGAACAUUUGACAAGUUUGGCCGCCUUGACGUGACAGUAAACUGUGCAGGUGUAGCUACUGCUGCUCGUGUUUACAACUUCAAAAAGGACCAACCAUUUGAUUUAAAGUCAUUCCAGAAGACAAUUGAGGUCAAUUUAAUAGGUACAUUUAACGUGAUAAGGCUAUCAGCUGGUUUGAUCGGCAAAAAUGCACCCGAUGCUGAUGGACAGAGGGGCGUCAUUAUAAACACGGCCAGUGUCGCAGCUUUCGAUGGACAGAUUGGUCAGGCUGCAUACUCGGCGUCUAAAGCUGGAGUUGUGGGCAUGACAUUACCAAUUGCCAGAGAUCUCGCAAAACAAGGCAUCAGGGUGGUGACGAUCGCACCUGGUUUGUUUCGAACACCAAUGAUGCAGUCGUUACCUGAACCAGCAAUCAAACAACUCGAAGCGUCGGUGCCAUUCCCGUCACGUUUGGGUCAACCUCGGGAGUUUGCAUUACUUGUUCAGAGUAUCAUACAGAAUCCUAUGCUCAAUGGAGAAACUAUACGGCUAGACGGUUCACUGAGAAUGCAACCUUAAUACGGACACAAAAGCAACGGUAUAAUAUUAUGUAGUAGCAAUGAGUAGUCUGUAAAUAAAUUUGUUUAUUAUA